UUGCUACAAUGGACCGACAGGCUAAAAGCUAUCAAUUCUACUUCUCCACGUCACCCCAGUGGCUCCAAACAGUUGCAGACCUGGGAAAAGAAUGAUAAAGGUAGUAGAAGAGGUUGAUGCUUACACUCUAACACCAAACAAUGCUUUACACAUCAGAGCCAACUGUAACUUCACUGAUCAGUUUGGUAGGGGGAGAAGGAUUGGAGAGGAGUGGCUGGUUAAAUAUGAUGACACCGAAUCAUACAUACCUGAUGUCACUGAGGAGGUUGUCAAUGAGGUCCAGUUGACUGUUUUAUCCCACCAUCAGUAUUGUGUGGUUGUUAAUCCUCUUGGUGAUGAUGGUAGACCACGCCUUGGCUGUAGGGAACUGAGGAAAGGACCCAAGACAUUCUUCCUUCAUCCUGGUGAGAAGUUUGAGAGAGGGAUACAAGAUGCUAUUAUAUUAGAAUCUGAUGAGGCUCUUCUUGUCACUGCUCAAGAGGAGUUUGACGAUAUUACUGAAGAUGGUAGUAAAGUCCAUCGUACCCCUGGUGAUAGGUGGAUGAUUCAUGGACCAACUGACUAUAUACCUAGAACUGAGAUUGGGAAUAUACAGAGGAGGAAGGCUACUCCAUUGAAUGAGAAUGAAGGGAUUUAUGUUAGAAAUGUUCAGUCUGGACAGGUAAACCAAUACAGUACAGUAUAGUGCUAUAUUAAUACUAACACUGUUGGUGUGUCCAAUACAGUACAGUACAGUACAGUGCUAUAUUAAUACUAACACUGGUGGUGUGUCCAAUACAGUACAGUACAGUACAGUGCUAUAUUAGUACUAACACUGGUGGUGUGUCCAAUACAGUACAGUACAGUACAG